AUUUGACACAAGCUGCCGACCGCAAAUAAAAAAAGAAGAAAAAAAGUGUCACAUUUUAGACUACUGACGAGGAAAGAAAAUAUUAAUUUUUAGCUUUUUAUAUAGAAAAAAAUAAUAAGUAUUUAUUAAAAUAUUUGAAAAGAAUACCUGAAAACUUUUACCAUGCCAGACGAAGUUCAACAAACCUUUGUACGUAGCUUUAUUGACUACUUGAAGAAGCAAAUCGAUGGUCAGGCCUUUACGCCAGAUGCACAAGAAAGUUGUGAAGUGGCCAUUCAAUGUCUGCAGGCAGCCUUCGAUCUGGGUGAUGAAGAGGCCGAAGAGCAAACACAAACGUCAGCCGGUGCUGAAGGUAAAGCCAAACAAGUUUCACUUUUUGAACUUUACGAAACGCAUUAUAUGGAAAAGAACCCGGAAAUAUUAAAAAUGGCUGAAACCAUUAAGAAUGAAGGCAAUCGUUUAAUGAAGGAUGGCAAAUAUAAUGAAGCAUUACUGCAAUAUAAUCGCGCCAUUACCUAUGAUCCAAAGAACCCAAUAUUCUAUUGUAAUCGUGCCGCAGCCUAUAUACGUUUGGGCGAUAAUGAGCGGGCUAUAAUUGAUUGCAAGUCAGCACUGGUGUAUAACCCCAAUUAUGGUAAGGCUUAUGGUCGUUUAGGUAUUGCCUAUUCUAAUUUGGGCAAAUAUGAAGAAGCCCAACAGGCCUAUGCUAAGGCCAUUGAACUCGAACCAGAAAAUCAAGAUUAUCACAACAAUUUGGAAGUGGCACGUAAUGCACGCAAUCAUGCACAGACCGGCAUGAUACCCCAACUAACCGAAGGUCUUAAUGCAAUGCUUACAAAUCCUGCCAUACGUAAUUUGUUCAGCACUGCUGACAUUGACUUAGAAUCCUUGCAGUCAAUGUCACAAAAUCCAGCGGUUAUGAAUGCGAUUGGUCAAAUGUUUGCCGGUAUGCAAGGAGGUGGUGGCGGUGCAGAUACCACUAUACCUCCCAUGCCCAAUGAUAUGUUGCAAUUGUUCCAGGGUUUUGCUCAGCAAUUGACUAAUGCCUCUGCAACUGGUAAUCAGGGCAACAAUAGCAAUCAACCACCCUCGAACACUGAUCAGAAACAACCUCCUUCCAAUUAAAGGUAACGAUAGAAAUUUACAUGUUGGAAUACAAUAAAGUGUAUGGGAAUGGACUUCAGACAUUUUAAGGAGAAAUUAAGUUAAUUUUUAUAUUGUAUCAUUGUAUUCACACCAAACUUUGUUUACACUUGAUCUUUCUAGUACAUACUAGUACAUACAUAUUAUUUUUCUUUUGAUAUAAUUUGGAACAUUAAAACUUUUAUAAUAGCGAGAGUGUUUUAGUAUUUACAAUAUUAUUCAAUCUAAUACCUAUUGUAGAAUUAUAUAUAUACUACAUUUAAAUAAAGAAAUACAAUAAAUAAGACAUGGCUUAUUAUGUGCGUGUUCACACCACAUGUUAAUGCUUUAAUUUAAAAUCCUAAUAAAA